GAUCUACAGGACCUUGUGACAACUAUCGCGAGCAAACCUUCGCAUCCUCUUCACGUCUCUCAGUUCUCCCGCUCUUCGAUUAUAACGACCGCCUCGCUCCCCUCGACCGAUGCGUCCACGUCUGCCCCGCAUACACAUAGCAAGAAGCGCAAACUCGAUAACGGUGCCGAGGCGCACGGAGAGGUACAUGAGCAGGAAGUGAAGUAUAUCGAGUAUGUGCCGGGGAAUGGGCAGGUCACGAAGGAGAUGGAGGCGAUCAGGAGCGAGUUUGAGGAGCUGAUAUCAUUGGUGGACAAGGUCAAGUUAUGGGUCAAUAUGAUGAUGCCCAAGGUUGAGGAUGGCGACAACUUUGGUGUGGAGGUACAGGAACAGGUGCUCGGGGAGCUACAUCGUGCCCAAGAAGCAGGUUACAACCUCCUGGACGGGUUAAAGACCUACCACAUGAACCGGGCCAAAAUAUGCAGCAAACUGAUCAAGUAUCCCAACCUGCCGGAUUAUGCUGAGGCGCUCAGGAGACACGACGAGAAAGCGUUUUUUGGGAUCCGACAGAACCUCGUAGAUCUGAGAAGCAUAUACUGCGUGCUGAUGGAUCUUUUGCAUAAGAACAUACAGAAGAUACGUGCACCGAAGGGGAACAAUCGCGAGGCGUUGUAUUGA